AUGCGGUCGGCUCUCCUUUUCGCGGUGUCACCCGCCCUGGUGUUCGGCUUUAAAACGGACCGAAGAGACAUCAGCAGUUUGUCUCUCUUUUCAUCACCUUCUUUAAAGAUACAGGAUGAGGGGGCCUUUGAGGCAGCUUCAUUCCUCAACCGGCUGCGCGGAAUCCCUCUGGGCAUGCCUGCAGGAGCAGUAUCCCCGCAGCAGCAGCAGAUGCGUGGAGCUGAGCAGCAACGCAUGCUCCUGGGCGAUAUGUAUGGCAGACUGAGGGAGCGAGCUCCAAUGCCCGUCCCUGCCAAGCCUAUGGCUGUCGGCCACGCACCCCUGCGAGCAGCCCCACGCGUGCUUCCCCGCGCUCAGGUGGCCCAGCUAGCCAGGCCUCUGACCCCUGCAGCCCGUUUGAUCAGGCCUGCAGCCCCUGCUCCUCCGAUGGGAGUCCCUGCAGCCCAACUAGUUAGACCCGGGGCCCCUUUGGCGAGGAUGGAAAGGCCCCUGGGGGCAGGCCUGGGGCCUCGGCCGCAGCCACGGCCGCUGCCCGGAGAGGCGAGGCUGCUGCGAAUGCAAGCUCCGGCUCCUAUGCAGGCCCAAGGAGUGCUAGGCAAGGGUGCUUUGCUGCGCACAGCGACAGUACUGCCUCCCCGUGCUGCUGCUGCUGCACCUGCUGCUGCAGCGCCUGCUGCUGGUGCUGGGUCGCGGCUGCCGGAGGCGCCUGCAGAGCUGCCUGCUGAGCAGCGGGAGCAAAUCUUGAAGCAAAUAAAGCAAGAGGUAGUCCAAGUAAUGAAGCGGAAUGUGGAUGCAAAGGCAAGAGACAAAGAAGUGGCAGGCACAGCUGGACGACAUCCUGUGGAGGAUGUGGCCCACGCUGCGCUGGUCAAGAUUAGCGGGGGAGGGGCGGCCGACGAAAUAAUCUUGACAAAUAUAACGGACCCCAUCACGGGCACUGUGCUGCUGCCUCAGUGUUCAGUAAAGGAGCUGCGUGUGCUGGGCGUGGGCGGAAUGGGCAUGGUGUUGGCUGUGGGCAUUGUGGGGGAUGCGGACGCCGCGGUCUUGGGCUCGAAAGAACUUGCAAUGAAACUCAUGUACGAACAACUGGCAGAAGAGCCUUCCACCGUUCCCAGCGCUGCGUCUUUGCCCCCUCAGCUGCUGCGCAGUGUCGCCGAUGGCCUCGAAGAGCUUUUCCGACAAGAGCUGGACCCGCUGCACACCGUCGCUGCCGCCGCCCAAGCCACUAAAGGAACCACUGGUCAGGCCGCGGUGUCUUCCAAGGCUAUAUCUAGCAGCAACCACUGGGCACUACCUCUGUACCAGGCAUCUCUGGGGACGGGUGGCUCUGCAGUUCACGUGCACGGAGGCUUUGCGUUCCUCGGCAAAGUGCUCUUGUCUGAAAUAAUGCUGGGAGAUGCAGCUUUGCUGAUUUAUGGGAGCACCUCUGGCAUUCCAGUGGCGCGGCUUGGCAUUCCUGCCAAGGAAUACGUUUGUGGCGAGCUGAUUGCAGCAACGGCGAAGCUGCAUGAUGCGGGCAUGUGUCACUGGGACAUCAAGCCUGAAAACAUGCUCAUAGCCGACAACGGGGAUGUGUAUUUGGCGGACUUUGGAAUGAGCAGCAAGACCAACGAAAAGCGCAGCUGCGAAGAAAAGCUAACCCCCAUGUACAUGGAGCCUUCCCACGCAGCCUGCGCCAUUAAGCACGGCUCUGUCAAUCUCGACCCCAGGUAUGAUGCAUGGUCUGUGGGUCUCAGCUGCUAUAUCCUUCUCACAGAUGCAAAACUACUACCCUACGGCAUGUCCACAGCCAGACAUGUUACCCCUUUUCUCGCCAACCUAGACCCCAAAACCAACCCCAGAGCCCCUCCCUUCCUCAAGAACCCUGAAGACGAGCUAAAGGAACACGGGGUGUCGCCUUUCUGGGCUUCUUUAGUAGGCAGCCUCCUCAACAGGGACCGGACAGCCAGACCCAUCCCGCAGGAAAUUAUUGCAAAGUACCCCCACUUUCCUUUGGAAAGCAGCGAGUAA